GUCGCCGGCAGAGGGAAGCCUGGGAGGCGGGAGCCUGGACGAGCCUGCGGUCUGGGAGGCCCCCGCCGCGCCGCGCCCGCGGCUCCAGCCCUGCCGUAGGUUAUGACGAUGUCAGACAUGGCUAGAGACAGAAUGGCUCAUUCACUGAAGAAGAGGACCAGUGUGUCUUCACUAAGUAGUCACGACUUCCAGCGGAAGGGACCUCAUGGGCGCGCCAAAGACUCUAUGAGUACAGUGUCUUACAUGGAUGACCCUAGCCAGCGUGACGAUGCCUCUCACCUUACAGUUCAGAUGGAAAACACCUAUCAGCUGGGUCCUACCAAACGUUUUCCUGUGGCCAUUGUCAAUCGUAUUCUGAAAGAUGUGUUAACUACCUACCUACAAGAAGAGCAGUACGAAGCAGAGCUCUGUAGACAGAUGACUAAAACAGUUUCUGAGGUUAUUAAAGCCCAGGUCAAGGACUUGAUGGUUCCACGAUAUAAGCUAAUUGUAGUGGUCCACAUUGGGCCACGGACUAGCCAGAGCAUACUUAUUGGAAGCAGAUGCCUCUGGGAUCCUAAAAGUGAUACUUUUUCAUCCUACAUUUUCAGAAAUUCUUCUCUCUUUGCUCUUGCAAAUGUCUAUGCAGUUUACUUUGAAUGACUGAGGACAAGAAAUCUAUUUCUUACUUUUUUAAUCAAAAACUAGGCUGUAUCUAUGUACACAAAAGUUUCACUGCCCAGACGUUUGAGGCAAAAAACAACACUCAUAUUUCAAACCACUGGAAAUUUGGGGACUCUUUCAUAUUCUCAUAAGAAGUAGGGGAAAGAGGGUGGCAUGAGAAAGAAUCUUGUUUAUCCAAAGAAGGAGUUAAGUCUGAGUUCUGCCAAAUUGUUUUUCAUAAACAUAGACUCGUAUUAAACAUUUCUUUUGGUACUAAUUAUUUUAAUACCUCUUUAAUUGGAGAGUUAGAAUCCCCUGCAUUAUUUUUUAAUGAAGAGAAGUUUUAAAAAAAAAAUCUAGCUAUGUACCCUGACCAAUAAAAGACAGUAGAAUAUUCAACCUGGUAUACACAAAUGAUCAAUGUUACUAUGUCUCAGUGCUGCCUGUAAAAGAAAUACUGGAUUUCAUUUUGUACUUAAUAAAUUGAGCAGCAUUCAUUAACUGCAAUUAUUGUUACAUGUACCUGACAGUUGAAACUGCUGAGAUAGAAUUAAUGAUUUCAUAACAAUUAUCGUCGUCCCACAGGACUGCUGGCUAAAACUAGAAGCUCUUGUGGGUUGCCUGCACUUUACAGAAUUGUGGGAGAACCAAAUGUUAGCUCUUCAAUAAUGGAAACAAUAAAGUGGACAAAGUCUUUUAGGGCACUGAAGUAGAUGCUGUGAUAUUAAAUAUACAUGAUGCUUAAUAGUAA